ACAAUCUAAAAGUGGGGCACAGGGCUCUUUUAGCAUUUUGUUAAGCAUUGGCUGAAACAGAAACAAGUAGCUUGAAACUCCUUAAUAUAUUUCAUUCUUGGAAAACAAAAACCAAAAGUUAUGACAAGAUUUGGUUUUACUUGUUAUUUUUCUCAAAAAUCACUGAUAUCAUCUAACUAAACCUUUCCAUUUCCAUGAUGAUAGUCUUAUCUAUGAGGUUAUUUCUUUUAAAUCAUCUGAGAAAAGAACUUGAGCAAAUUUUCACAGUUAUAAUCAGCGCAAUUUCUCCCUUCACUGCAAAAAAAUAUCUAUAGUGCCUCAUUAUACAUUUCUUUGAAUAAAACUUUAAAAGUAACACAUGAGAAAUAUGUUGCAAUAAGAAAAAAAGCAUUUUAAAAUAAUCGUCUUUUCCCAAGCCGCUAGUAAAAUUUUAUGAAUUCUCAAAAAAAAAAGUUCAAAACUAGUAUCUAGAUUCCAAAUUUUUACCUUAUUUUGUGUUUAGUGUAUAAAUUGAUGAAUUAAAAUUUAAUCGGGCCUUUAUAUAUUGUUUAUGUGAAAAUUCACAAGCAAACAAAAAACAUCACUUUUUUAAACACUGUUGCUCAUUUAUGCAAUGAAAAUAGUAACAGAUAUUCUGAGUAUGAACAGUAUGUGUACAGAAAAAUCCUCCACAGAUGAUUGUAACUUAAAUAAGUACUACAUUUCUCAUACUGUAGAAAGGCCUUAUUCUUGCAAUAUGUGUGUUAAAUCUUUCACACAUGCAAAAGGUUUAAAAAAUCACUCUUUAAUUCAUACUGGAGAAAAACCUUUCUCCUGCAGUGUGUGUGAUAAAACAUUCUCUAAGAAACAAACUUUAAAUAAGCAUUCUUUUGUUCAUGCAGGAGAAAAGCCUUAUUCAUGCAGUGUAUGUAAUAAAAGAUUCACAGAGAAAUUCCAAUUAAAUCAACACUCAAUUGCUCAUACUGGAGAAAAACCUUAUUCAUGCAGUGUAUGCAAUAAAUCUUUCUUGCAUAAAAAAAGUUUAGAUCGACAUUAUCACGUACACACGGGAGAGAAAUUUUAUUCUUGUACUGUAUGUGAUAAAACAUUUAGACAGAAACAUCAUUUAAGUCAACAUUCUAUUCUUCAUACGGGAGAAAAGCCUUAUUGUUGUUGUGAAUGUGAUAAAUCUUUCCCUCAUAAAAGAAGUUUAGAACGACAUUCUCUUGUUCACACUGGACAGAAGUCAUAUUCAUGCAGUGUAUGUGACAAAACAUUCUCACAGAGAAGUAAUUUAAAGCAACAUUUUCUUAUUCAUACUGGAGAAAAGUCUUAUUCAUGCAGUGAAUGUGAUAAAGCAUUUACUCUAAAAUGUCAUUUAUGUAAACACUUCCUUGUUCAUACUAAGGAAAAACCUUAUUCCUGAAGUGAGUAAUGAAAGGUUCUCACAGAAAGGUUUCUUAAAUGUUCACUCUGGAAUAGUUCUAUUGUAGAGAAUAGUAUUGCUGACUGUGUGAAAGUGCCUGAUUUGUUGCAAGGCAAGCAGCCAAGCCUAUUACAUGAUAAGCUCCAUUGACGUUAUUAGAGCAAGCAUUGCACCAGUGUUGAGAUAUGACUGUUAUUUGAAUUAAUAUAUUGGGGGGCAUCAUUGAAUUAAUAGUGCUAAAACUGAAAAAAAAAAAAUAGAUUGAACAUUUCAAAAUAAACCAAUAUUGAUCACUUUUUGUGCUAAAUAGCAUUUAUUUAUGUUUUUCUAUAAUGAUAUAGUGUAUUAUAAUCUGUUUUAAAAAAUAAAUCAUAAAUCUAAACCCAA